UUGGAGCCUGAGGGGGACGUUAAUAACUGUCGGACCACGAAGGAGGAAGUUUGUUGUUGUUGGGGGUGUUAAGAGUGUUUCUGUGUCCCGGACUAACUGAGGCCCCCUGCUACAACAACAUGUCUCGGUUUAAAGAGUGCGCGGACAGGGCCGCGCGCUUAUAUGAGCGCUACACGGAGCACGUGAGGAGGAACCCCGCAGCGACCGCACAGCUGGAGAGCACCGCGAGGACCCUGUCCUACCUGAUCGCAGGAAGAUUCGCAGACUCUCAUGAAAUAUCUGAACUGGUGUAUUCUGCCUCCAACCUGCUGGUGCUGUUCAACGACAGCAUCCUGCGAAAAGGCCUGAGAUGUUCAUUUCCUGUGCCUCUCUCCCAGCAGAGGCUCCUGACCUGGCUCUCUGUGCUGGAGUGCGUGGAGGUUUUCCUGGAGAUCGGAGCCUGCAAGCUGUGGGGGGAAGUCGGCCGCUGGCUGGUGAUCGGACUCAUUCAGAUCUUUAAGGCAGUUUUUCGCAUCGUUCUUCUUCUGAGGUACAAAUCUGGCAUCCAGACUUCACCUCCCAUAAUCCCCCUGGACCGAGGUGCAGAAUUUAUCAGUGAAGAUGACGGUAACGGGGAACAAGAAGACUCGUGCUUCGUGGGUCAGCGGUCCGGACGGGUCAUCAGGCCACUGGGCAGCGCUCCGUCCCUGCAGGCCCGGCUGUGGGGAGCUCCGAGUCAGAGGAAGAGGAGGAGCAGCUCAGACGGGGAGAAGCUCAGCAGCAAACCGACACAGCUGAACCUUCAGGAGACCAUCGCGGAGUCGGCGUACAUCGCACGGCCGCUCGUACAUCUACUCUGCCUCGGACUCUGUGGGAAAAAGUCCUGGAAGCCUUGGCUCAUCUCCGGAGCGCUCGAACUUUCCAGCUUCGCCGUGCUCGGAGAUAAAAAGUUUCAGACUCGUUGGGAGAGGGCCGAGAUGAGGAGGAGGACCUUCCUCCUGCUCUAUUACCUCCUGCGUUCUCCUUUCUAUGACAAGUUCUCAGAGGAGAAGCUGCUCUUCCUGCUCAGGCUGUUGGCUGAUCACGUUCCGGGAAUCGGCCUCGUAGCACGUCCUCUGAUGGAUUACCUCCCCACCUGGCAGAAGAUCUACUUCUACAACUGGGGAUAAAACCUGCCGACGUGCUCGGAUCUUUGAUUUGGACAGUUUGGACAGAGACACUCGAUAACUGGAGAUGAUUUUCCACGUCUGACUGACAGCGAGGACGAAAUGAUUCAGAAAUCAAACCGACGCGAUUAUCGUGAUUAUUCUAACAGAUUUAUGACACUACAGCUCAGAGGAAACGAGAGCUGCAUUCUUUGACUUCAUGCUCCGACUCUGCAUCAACACUUUGUAGAAUUAUGGCAGAGUUGUUUGGUUUCAUUCCUUUCCCUCUGAGCGCUCACGAUGACCUUUCUGUCAAUAGAUGAAGAAAUGUUUCGAGAGCAACUUUACGCAACUCACUUUCCUUCAGAAUAACAAGUUGGUGUGAGAAGAAUGUAACGCUUUAAGUCACACACCACCGACUAUUUCACCGAUUCUGGUGAAACUGGAUCAGCACCAGCUGCUCUGCUUCAACUCUCUGUGGUUCUGGAGGACUGAAGACGACGCUGCUGCACCCGGGAAACUAUUGUUGCACUCGCUUGAUGUUUGGCUGUUAUCAAAGUUAGUUAUUGAUCAUAAGUAAUGUAAUCAGAAGAAAUACUCGAGUACAGCUGAACAUAGUUACCACAGCGGUGCGUAAGUGACUUAAAAAUGUUGCAUAAUGUUGCUUUAAAACUGAGAAAUGAAACAUGUGGACACCAGCAGAGCUUUUCAAUCUUUAUUAACAUACUGAAUAAGUUUCUUUUUGUAGCCUACAAAUAAAUAGUUGAACGUUU